CUGACGUCAGUCGAACGGAAGUGAUGCACAUCACCGUCGUGGAUCAGCUAAUCCGUCUUGAUGAUGCAGAAUCUACCCAAAAUGACCGAUACACUGAUGGAUUUGUGAAACCCAACCGGCGUCAUUGUGCAGGUUUUUGUGGCGCAGUGAGAUGGAUCCGUCCCGGAGGAGCGAGAGCGACUGGCAGGGGCUGGUCAACGAGUUCCUAAUUUGCAAGAGAAAGUUGGAGAGCAAGAAGGAGGCUCUUCUGAUUCUGUCCAAAGAGUUGGACACCUGCCAGCAGGAGAGGGAUCAGUACAAGCUGAUGGCCAACCAGCUUCGAGAACGGCACCAAGGACUCAAGAAAAAGUAUAGAGAACUUAUAGAUGGGGAUCCCUCUUUGCCUCCUGAGAAAAGAAAUCAAGUGAAUUUAGCUCAGCUACUGAGAGACUCCAGAGAAAAAAGUCAUCAGCUUUCUGAGGAGUUGAAGGAAGUGAAACAACGUCUAGCAGAAGCUCAGGGCGAUAAUAAGCUCUUGAGGAUGACCAUCACCAAACAGAGGCUCGGAGAUGAUGAGGUGGGAGCACGACACUUUCCAGCACAUGAACGAGAGGAUCUGGUCAAACAGCUAGAGAGAGCAAGAGAGCAGAAUGAAGUGCUGGAGCACAGUGUGAAAUCACUCACAGAUGAGCUGCAAGACAUACGAGCAGAGCGCAACGUGUUUCAGCAGAAGGCUCAUCGUCUCAAUGUGGAAAUGAACCACAUCGUGGGGAACGAUGAGAUCCAGAUGUUAGACAUAGACGCUCUAUGCAUGGAGAACAGAUAUUUGCAUGAGCGGCUCAAUCAACUACAAGAGGAGGUCAACUUGUUAAAAACAAAUCUGGUUAAAUACAAGAGUGCCCUGGAAUGCAGAAAGAACUCUAAAAUCUGUGGAAAACCCAACAGCAGUGCGCUCACUGGGGUGCUCUCUGCUAAACAAGUGAAGGAGUUGUUACUGUCUGAGGAAAAUGGCUGCAGUUUGCCGGUGACUCCCCAGUCCAUCUCAGACCUCAAAUCUCUCGCCACAGCUCUGCUCGAAACGAUCCACGAGAAGAACAUGGUGAUUCAGCACCAGCGUCAAAUCAACAAGAUUCUUGGAAAUCGAGUAGCGGAGCUAGAGAAGAAACUAAAAACCCUGGAGAUGUCUGGAUUAUGGAGCUUGCCAGGCCUGACUUAUAAUGUGUCUCUGGGAUUUAGUGGAAGAGGAAAAGAUGCUAUCAUCCUGAACCCUCAACAGACUGAGUCAUCAGACUGUGGUGCACAAGAUGAUGAUGCAGCAUCAGAUGAAAUACCUCCCAAUGAGGAGAGCUCCACAGAAGGCCAGAAUAAAGACAGUGAAAUGCCAGAUCUUCCAGGUUGUCAGAAGAAACCGUCGCUAUUUGACAAUGAGAUGUCCCAGCAGAACCAGCCAUCUGAGGAACCACCCACCGAUCCUCAGACCGAAAACAGUGACGAGCGUCCUGACACCAGCCGGUCACCCAUCACAGUGGAAUCCGCAGAUUUAUCAAGUCACCAGUCAGACGAGGAAACAUGUCAAAAUGAUUUUUCUACCACAGAGACAGUGAACGCACCAUAUCAGUCAGACCCAUGUCACCUGCAGAAACACAGCACAGACCCAACAGGAGGAGGUGAAGAUGAGCAGGAUGAAUGCACUGACUGGGUAGAAGCGUCUGGAACUGCAUGUACACAGACUUAUUCAGCUGACGCCACCUCUGCUGAGGAUGAGGACAUCCAGUUAAACCAGGAGACACAGGAUUCAGACCCAACAGCUGCUCACAUGUUAGAAAGCACAGAGAUGAAACCUACAAAAGGCACAGAUGAAUGAAGUGUUCAUACAAUUGGGUAUUUAUUUUUAUGAAUAACGAAAUCCAAUGACAGCUGCUGCUUCAAUUGGCAGAUAUUAUGUUAUUGUACUGAAAUCACUACUAAAUGAAAACUGUCCACAAACUCAUCUUUUUAAAAUAGAUUACGUCUUAAUCAAAAUAUAGAAUAAGUAUAAUAAUAAU